UCUGUCAAUCGACUUCCGGUCAACUGUGAAAAAUUUUUUGCACAAAAAUGUCUGACUCCGACUCCGAUUCUUUCCACUCUUUCAAUGAUGAUGAUAAUGACUCGUUGUUCAGUUUAAGCUUAUCCGUUCUUUCGGAGCAAUCCUAUGUAAUAGAAACCUUCGAAGAGAAUUCUGCCGAGACUGUACAUUCUACGACCCUAGCGUCUAACAUAGACAGCUCUUUCGGUCCCGAGACGGAGAAGAAGGUUCCAUUUAAGCAUUCUCCCCUUCUCAACUUUUCAAAAACACUAAAAAAAUGUUUCGCCAAUAAUGUUAAGAAGCGAAAUGAGCCAGAGGUCCGCCCAAGCUUCAAAGACUCGCCUUUGCAAAAAUUAUCAUCCAAACUGCGAGUGUAUUUUGAUAAGAAAUAGACUCUUGGACGAAUACAUUUGAAAUGACACGAAAGCUUCAGAUUCUGAGGAAUAAAGGAGAGACCUUGAAACCCCAGCAGAGACCCAUCAUCCCGAUUAUAGCAGCAUGCCAUCCAUAAAACACCAGCAGAGACUCAUCAUCCCGAUCAUAGCAGCAUAAUUCA